ACAACAGUCAAUCCUUCUGACCCCUUCAAACCAAACCCAACCCAACCAGCUAUUGGUGAGUCCAACCGCUAACUCGUUUACCGUUUAUCAAAAACUCACACCCACUUCUUCACUUCCCCACCGUAUUCCUCUGCAAGUUGUUUAGGGUUUUAAUGGUCUGGUCCACGUAGAGAUGGUUCUUCUUUCAUGCUACUUCAAGCAAGUCUCUCUUCAACAAUCUCAACUAUAUUAAACAAAUGGGUAUGCCGUUGCAAUUUCUCUUGCACUUCCCUUCACUUUAUAUUUUUGUCUCUCUUAGUCUCUUGUUGUUUGAAUCUUUGUUAUAGGCCCCAUAAGCUUUUACUUGGUCAUAUUUUCGUGUUUGAUUUUUCUUCUUGAUUCGAAAUUGAGAGUUCUAGAGGGAGAGUGGGUCAAGGGUUUUAGGUGAAGAAAAAGUGCAGGCUUAAAGGGAUGGACCGAGAUAUCAAAAUCAGCUAUUCAUUGUCAAAGAUUCCAAUUUGGCGCUUUCUAUAGGCUUUCCAGGAAUAAUCCUCAAAUGGGUAUGGACAAUUUAUUCUGAAGAAUUUCGUUAGGUUUCUUUCUGGGAUGUUAGGCCAGGAAGACAAGGACCGGCUUGCCGGUGGUGGUGCCCGGAGGGCUUAUCUUCGGUCUGUUUCAUGGAGUGUUCGGUCACCAAACAGACCUAACCUCAAACCCCAAACCAACAGCAAAGCUAGAGCUUGUUUGCCACCUCUGCAGCCUCUUUCCAUCGCGCGCCGCCCCGUUCAGGAGUGGCCGAAGGCUGGCUCUGAUGACCUUGGUGUGUGGCCAAAUCCUCAAACCCCAAGAGAAUCAAUUAAGGCCCUUGAUAAGUCUACUCCAGGACAAUCAACAGUGGAAGAAUUCGAGUUUAAGAAAGAUAAGCUUGCCUUUUUCGAUAAGGAAUGCUCAAGGAUUGCUGAUCACAUUUAUUUAGGAAGUGAUGCUGUGGCAAAGAAUCGCGAGAUUUUGAGGCAGAAUGGGAUUACACAUGUUCUGAAUUGUGUUGGUUUUGUGUGUCCUGAGUAUUUUAAGAGUGAUCUUGUAUACAAGACACUUUGGUUGCAAGAUAGUUCCUCAGAGGAUAUUACUAGCAUUCUCUAUGAUGUGUUUGAUUAUUUUGAGGAUGUUAGAGAGAAAAGUGGGCGAGUUUUGGUGCACUGUUGCCAGGGAGUCUCACGGUCAACAUCGUUGGCCAUUGCAUACCUCAUGUGGAGGGAGGGGCAAAGCUUUGAAGACGCAUUUCAAUAUGUAAAAGCAGCGAGAGGGGUAACUAAUCCAAACAUGGGUUUUACUUGCCAGCUUCUGCAGUGCCAGAAGCGGGUGCAUGCCGCACCUGCCAGCCCAAAUUCUGUGCUUAGGAUGUAUCGGAUGGCCCCGCACUCAUCAUAUGAUCCUCUUCAUUUGGUACCAAAAAUGUUAAGCCGCCCAGGUGUAAAAGGGCUUGAUUCGCGUGGGGCAUUCAUCGUGCAUAUUACUUCUGCUAUAUAUGUUUGGUUGGGGAAGAAUUGCAGCUUUGCAAUGUCAAAUCAGGCUGCAGUGGCUGCCAAUCAAGUCAUCCGGUAUGAAAGAGCACAAGGUCCAACAUUGAGCAUUAAAGAGGGGGAGGAGCCUCCAGAAUUUUGGGAAGCUCUUGCUUGUGGACAAUUCAUGGCAGAUGGUUGCAACAAGGUGGAGAUAGACAAGGAAGAAGCCAUGCCUUGCAGGAAUAAUAAGACAACUGCAGCUGUUCAUACUAGGGUUGGAGAAAGGAAGGUUGAUGAAUAUGAUAUGGACUUUGAACUCUUCCACAAGGCCCUUGCUGGUGGAGUCGUUCCACCCUUUUCAGUAUCAAACACUGGUUCAGAAACUUGCCUGCCUGCCAGAGAAAAUGGAUGGAGCAGACUAAGACAGAAGUUUGCCCAAGGUACGAUGAAAGAGUUUGUCACUUCAGCUAAAGUGAAUUGUGAGACUUUUCCAUUCAGUGAGGAAUCCCAUAUGGACAUAGAUGCUUCGAAAGAAGUGGAAUACCCUGUUUCCCCAAAUGAGUGUUCAUCACCAUUGUCACCUUCUGCAUGUCGCUCACCUGAUUCCUUUGAUUGUUUUCCAGACAGCAGUCCAAGUAGGAUAAGUGAUACUUGUAAGGAAGCCGAAUACUCUAUUUCUCUUACUGAUUCUUCAUUACCACCAAGGUCUUCUUAUUGUUCUCCAGAUUCUUUUUCUUGCUUACGAGACAGGAGCCCAAAGUUUGGUUCCAAAUCCCCUACUCUUUCACCUUCAACAUCUGAUUACUCCUCCAGCUCAUUUGCCUUUUCGCCCUCAUCUUCUAAUUGGUCUGACUUGUCUCGACAACCCUCACCUUCUGGCUUGGAGGCCGUAGAUCCAUUUUCUGUUAAAACUGCUUUCUCAUGCGACCACUGUCGACCCUAUCAGAAAGCAGCUCCUUCGCCUACAGAUGCAUUUUCAGCUUUGAGAUCGGCAAAUACUUGUUUUCCAUGUAAGGAGAGUUCUCUCUCUAUUGCAGAACGUAGAGGGAGCAAUCCUCCACCCCAUAUGUUUUUACAAUCAGUAGAUGAACCAUCUCAAGGCUCGAAAAAACUGAUAAGGUCAUGGUCUUUUUCUCUACCCGACAUUGAUGACGACAUGAUGAUCGAUGCUCAUGGUGAUCAAAUCGAGAAUGAAAGUGAAGAGCUAGUGUUAGGCUCUCUGCUUGCUAGUGCUGUUAAAGAUUCUGAAGGUGAGAUUGAAUCCAAAGAGGUGUCUGGUAAGGUUCACUGUCCAUCAAGCGAUGGGAUCAUUAGACCUACGGCACCUAUUCUUUACCAGUGGCCUGCCAUGAAUAAAGUGGACAUGAAUUUCUUCUGUGAGCGUGAUGCUAAGUCAAUUUAUAUGUUAUUGGCUCCAAAUGUUGGCUUGGACUCAGAUAAUCCUUGUAAUUUAUUUGUGUGGCUCGGGCAUGAAGUUUUGUGUGAAGAAGAGCUUAAUCAAUCUAUAAACACAGAUGGAACUUGCAAGAAUAGUCAUCUGCAAUGGGAGAUGAUCGGUCGCAACUUUCUGGAUCAAAUGGGUUUUCCAGUGAAUGUUCCUGUAAAGAUAGUCGUAGAAGGUUUGGAGCCGGAGGAGUUUCUUAGCCAUCUCAACUGUUUCUCAUUUCAAAAGUUGGAACAGAGCGGCCACUGUUGAGAGGGAUCAGGGAAAGAAUACGCUGUUGCAUCCAUUAUUUCGGUUCGCGAUCUUUAUUUGUGAACGCCUUAGUAGCCUGUUGAUAUGUUGUUGGUAAUAGGUUUGGAGCCAGAGGAGUUUCUUAGCCUUCUCAAUUGUUUCUCAUUUCAAAAGUUGGAAAAGAGCAGCCACUGUUGAAGAGGGAUCGGGGAGAGAAUUUGCUGUCGGUUCAUGAUCUUUCUUUGUGAUCGUCUUAGUAACCUGUUGGUAUGUUGCAGUUAGUAAAGGGUUCAGAGCCAGAGGAGUUUCUUAGCCAUCUCAACUGUUUCUCAUUUCAAAAGUUGGAACAGAGCAGCCACUGUUGAGAGGGAUCGGGGAGAGAAUACGCUAUUGCAUCCAUUAAUUCGAAUCAUGAUCUCUCUUUGUGAAUGUCUUAGUAGCCUGUUGGUAUGUUACAGUUGGUAAAGGUGAUUGAGCAUCCCAGGCAGUAUACAUAACUUAUCUGCUUGUGUGAUGUGAGGGAAAUCAAAGUAUUACUACAGAAACCAUGUACAGGAAACAAUAUUGAAUUAAACUGUAGUUAUGGGAAAGCAAAUCAAAGCUAGAAUAAGCACUGAGGGCUGUUAUUUCUUUUUCUUUCUUCUGUUUUAACAUUUGCUAAUCUGGCACCUUAGGUGUUGCUGUGUCAGAUAAAAUGGAAACUCAAAUGAUUAUGGUAAUUUUAUCGGAUUUACUUGUUCGGACUU